UCCAGAGGAAAGGGAUUUAAUAGGCAUUUUCUUGCAAAUCUAGUUAUGGGUAACUACUGAAAUUGCUUGUCAUGUGUUUGAUUUUCAUUUUCCUUAGAAUGUGUUACUUUGCUGAAGCUGUAUUCAAAGGCUGGAUCAAUUGAUCUCCUGCAAGAUACACUUGAAGGUUAAGUAACUACAGAUCUCAGCUAAUCCCGUGUAAUCUGCUGUUACUAAAUGGCUGUUUGUAUUCCAGGCAUACCAGUUUCUGAAUGCUUAGGAUUCGGUUUUUACCUUUUGUUUAAAUAACCUCUAAAAGGAGCAAUGCAUCUCUUUGCAUGUCUGUGCAUUGUCCUUAGCUUUUUGGAAGGAGUAGGCUGUUUGUGUCCUUCACAGUGCACCUGUGAUUAUCACGGCAGAAAUGACGGCUCAGGAUCAAGGUACGCUCCUCUGCUUGUUACUAAGUGUUCUCAUUAUUUUGACAAAAAGGACCCAAACAAGAAAGCCUACUUUUGAAAGCAAAUGUUUGGGGAUCAGAAAUUGCAGAAGAGAAUGUUUAGUGUCCAUAAGCUUUAACUUAAUUGUGUUAAUACUGGUCACCUACUCCUUCACUGUUUUCGUUUUGAGCAGUUUAACUCUCAAAGGCCUCUCAAGGUAUUGGAAAUUUCUAAACACAUUCUGUGUUCCAAAAUUUUUAUUAUGCUCAUGUUCACAAAUUGUUGCUUGAGAUCAAACGAUUUAAAGGUGCAUGGCCAGCUCAGCCCUUGAUUAUAGAAAGGCUAAGAGGGCAGGCUGAACAGGAGCUGCGUGACAUGCUCAGAUCCUUUGCUUUCACGGCUCUCCACUUCCUUUGAGAAUUAUUCAUGCCAAUUGAAUGGCAGAAAGAAAGAUCUCAAGAGUGAAGUUAGAGAGGUUAAUAGUUAGAAUUUUUCACUUUAAGCUGAUGGAAUUUACAAAAUAAAGAAGAUUGAAAAAGAUACUGUCUGUUUCAGACACUGUAGGAUCUCACAGAAGUUAUUCAAUCUCUAGGUUGCUUUAGCAUCUACUUGUGUAGUGAGAAGAGUUAUUUACUUAUAAUGUGCGUGAGGCCUUUUAGAUAUGUUAAAUGCAAAACAGAACUCUUGCUAGCUAAACACAGUAGAACUUGAAUUUUUUUUUGAGAGGUUAUUUAAUAACAAAAUCAGGUUAUUUGUGACUUGGUUGAAGUAAACGGCGUCUCAGAUAAAAUAAUUUGUUAAAAGAGUUGCCCAAUUUAUGUCUUAUAACUUUAAACAAAUAAAUAAUAAUAAAUAAGACAUAUUUGUGAAAAGCUUAUCUUGUUAUUGUAUUAACUUUAGUUAACCAAUUCUUGGUAUUUUUUGAGAUAUUCACUGGGUGGUUAUAGACAAUGAAGAGAAUGUAGCAAGGUAAAAGCCUACUUGUCCAGGGACGUGUAGCAGUGAAGGAUCAGGCCAGGGUACUUUUGAGAAACUAUCACAGAAAUGUUUCCUUCUUUGUGGUGACCCCAUUAUUGAUGGAUUUUAUAAAAAUUAUAGAAUAUUAGGCCUGGCAAGAAAUAAUCUAGUUCAACCCUUUGUCAGUUUAUAAGUGAAGAAACUAAACUGUAUGGAGACCAAAUGACUUGUCCUAGAUCAUAUAAUUGUGUUGAUGUAGUAACUAAGUUCAUAAAGAUGCUAGAUCUUUUCGCGUACAAACUAGGCUUUCUUCUAUGAUAGCAUGCUGAGAUACUUAUUUUAUUUAUUUAUUUAUUUUGAGACAGAGUCUCGCUUUGUCAGCCAGGCUGGAGUGCAGUGGCACAAUCUCGGCUCACUGCAACCUCCAUCUCCCGGGCUCAAGCAAUUCUCCUGCCUCAGCCUCCCAAGGAGCUGGGAUUACCGGCGUGUGCCACCAUGCCCGGCUAGUUUUUGUAUUUUUAGUAGAGACGGGGUUUCACCAUGUUGGCCAGGCUGGUCUCGAACUCCUGACCUCAGGUAAUCCACGCACCUCGGCCUCCCAAAGUGCUGGGAUUACAGGCGUGAGCCACUGCACCCAGCCAAUACUUUCUUAAUGAGUAGAAACUGCUACCAUUCUGGUAUAAAGUAGUACUGAAAUCUGUGAUACAAAAUAGAGAUGAAAAGUAAGAGAUAUCCCUACAGAAUUUCAAAGAUUCCAUGAGGUCUUCUCCUGAAGUUAUAGAAAGGACAUAACACUACCACUACAUUGCAGUUUUAUGCUGCUUCCAUGUGUAUACAUUAUGAGCUGGUUUUUCAAAUCCACUGAUUUAAUGUCAUAUGUUUCACUAAAGGGUUAUUUUAUUGUAAUUAUUUACUAAAUUUAUAGUGUGCUAUAAUUUAGAUGAUACUUUGCAAAACUUCUUAUUGUUCAUUUUUCAUAAUUCAGAUGAGUAUCUCAUAGGAGAUAAGUCUUUUUCCAGGCUAAAAUGAAUCUAAAUUCUCAGAUUCCUCAUACUUUAAAUUUACACAUGGGACAGUGUUGUUUUUCUUUCUUUCUUUCUUUCUUUUCUAUUUUGAGAUGGAGUCUCGCUCUGUCACCCAGGCUGGAGUGCAGUGGCGUGAUCUUGGCUGACUGCAACCUCUGCCUCCCAGGUUCAAGCGAUUCUCCCACCUCCGCCUCCUGAGUAGGUUGGUGCUAUGUAAUGACAUGGAUAUGAACGAGCUGCCUACAAACCUCCCCGUGGACACUGUGAAGCUUCGCAUAGAGAAGACUGUCAUCCGCAGAAUCUCUGCGGAGGCCUUCUAUUACCUAGUGGAGCUCCAGUAUCUCUGGGUGACUUACAAUUCCGUGGCCAGCAUUGACCCCAGCAGCUUUUACAACCUGAAGCAACUGCAUGAGUUGCGCUUGGAUGGGAAUUCUCUGGCUGCUUUCCCUUGGGCAUCUCUGCUGGACAUGCCCCUUCUGAGGACCCUGGACUUGCACAAUAACAAAAUAACCAGUGUGCCAAAUGAGGCGCUCAGGUAUCUGAAGAACCUUGCCUACUUGGAUUUAUCAAGCAACAGACUCACCACAUUGCCACCAGAUUUCCCGGAGAGCUGGUCUCAUUUAGUUACAACACCUUCUGGAGUCCUGGACCUUUCCCCAAGCAGGAUUAUUCUUGGUCUACAGGACAAUCCUUGGUUCUGUGACUGUCAUAUUUCCAAAAUGAUUGAGUUGUCAAAGGUCGUUGACCCUGCUAUAGUGCUUCUGGAUCCACUGAUGACUUGCAGUGAACCUGAGCGCCUCACAGGAAUUUUGUUUCAGCGGGCUGAAUUGGAGCAUUGUCUGAAACCAUCAGUGAUGACCUCAGCCACCAAAAUCAUGUCUGCUCUGGGCAGUAAUGUUCUACUGCGGUGUGAUGCCACUGGCUUCCCCACCCCACAGCUCACAUGGACCAGAUCUGACAGCUCGCCAGUUAAUUAUACAGUAAUACAAGAAUCUCCAGAGGAAGGAGUCAGAUGGUCCAUAAUGAGCUUGACAGGCAUUUCUUCCAAAGACGCUGGGGAUUACAAAUGUAAGGCCAAAAAUCUGGCUGGGAUGUCAGAAGCUGUGGUUACUGUGACAGUGCUUGGCAUUACCACAACUCCAAUACCACCAGACACUUCUGAAAGAACUGAAGAUCAUCCUGAGUGGGAUGUCCAGCUGGGAUCUGGAAGAUCUACAUCUGUAUCUAGCGCAUCAUCAUAUCUUUGGUCCUCUUCCUUCUCCCCCACAUCUUCUUUUUCUGCUUCUACUUUGUCUCCUCCCUCUACUGCUUCCUUCUCUUUAUCUCCUUUCUCCUCCUCCACUGUUUCUUCAACCACAACUCUGAGCACAAGCAUCUCAGCAAGUACCACCAUGGCCAACAAGCGAUCAUUCCAGCUCCACCCAGGUGGGAAAAGAAAUUUAAAGGUGGCAAAGAAUGGAAGUAAGCUUCCUCCAGCCAGCACAAGUAAGAAAGAAGAGCUGGCAUUGUUGGAUCAAACAAUGCUUACGGAGACAAAUGCCACAAUAGAAAACCUCAGGGUGGUCAGUGAGACUAAAGAGAGUGUGACAUUGAUGUGGAAUAUGAUCAACACCACACAUAACUCUGCAGUGACUGUGUUGUAUUCCAAGUAUGGUGGGAAGGACCUGCUGCUGUUGAAUGCAGACUCCAGCAAGAAUCAAGUAACCAUAGAUGGCUUGGAACCCGGUGGGCAAUACAUGGCCUGUGUCUGUCCAAAAGGAGUGCCUCCCCAGAAAGACCAAUGCAUCACAUUUUCUACCGAAAGAGUUGAAGGAGAUGAUUCUCAAUGGUCUCUCCUUCUCGUGGUGACCAGCACUGCCUGUGUUGUUAUCUUACCAUUGAUUUGUUUCUUGUUGUACAAAGUUUGCAAACUGCAAUGUAAAUCAGAACCUUUUUGGGAAGAUGAUUUGGCAAAGGAGACUUAUAUCCAAUUUGAGACCCUGUUUCCCAGGUCUCAAAGUGUAGGUGAGCUCUGGACACGAAGGCACAGGGAUGACUCAGAGAAAUUGCUGCUUUGUUCUAGGUCAAGUGUGGAAUCUCAGGUGACUUUUAAAAGUGAAGGUUCCAGACCAGAGUAUUAUUGCUAAGGUUCUGCAGCUCAGGUGCAUGUGAGCUACAAAACUAGCAUCUAAGGGUAUAAUUGACCCUAGGUUUGGGUGACUUUUGGACAGACUUUCACAUUGUACAUGAAAAUCACAAAUGGAAUGCUUUUAAGUAUGUUUAAAAAAUACCAUGAGACCUCUGAACUGAAAAGACAAAUAAUGUUGAUUUUUUUUUCUUGUGUGGAAAAGGUCUAAGAAAUAAUUUUUAGAGUGGUGCUUAAUAAAUUAUUAAUACUUUUUAGGGUAAUGUUUUACUUCUUAAAAAUAAGUUCAUGUGGAAGUAGCAAGUGAACUCUGUUUUUAAAAAUAUAGUUUUUUGAGUCAUGAGGAAACAUUAGCAAAACCAGCUAAGCCUUGAUGUUUAUUCAUGUUCGAAGUGCAUUAUGGCAUUUGCUGUGGUUGUUUUCUGACAUUGCCUAAUGGAGAGCGUGGGAUGAUAAAGGAUUUUGUGUUCACUAAGGUUAAAUCUAACUCACGGGAGAGAGAGGGCUCUGUCUCUUGGUACCAUUAUGCAUUAUGAUACUAUAGAGUUGUGUUCAUAUUGCUUGUAAGAAAAAUUUUUGCUUUUCUUUAGAAAUAUAGGUAUUAGCAAAAGUAAGUAUACAAAGAGGAUUAUGACAAAUAGACCAUUUCUUUAAAAAUGGUAACUGUUGCAUUUAAACACAUCUGCUGACAGAUUAUAUGGAUAUUUAAAAAUAACUUUAAAUCAAUCUUUUAAUAUUUUGCUGUUUGCUCUUAUUUUCUCCCUUCUUUCUUCCUUCCUUGUCUUCCCUCCCUUUCCUUCCUUCAUUCUUUCUUCCUUCUGCUCUGUCAGAAGAUAUACAAGUAGCCAAAGGAUCACGAGCCAAGCUGUUUGUCUUUUGCCAUAUUGUCUUUUGAUUCUCUUGAUAAAGAGAAAGCUUUUGAAAUUACUUACUGCCCUUUGAAAGUCUGUUUUACAACCCCAAAGGAUAUUUUAGGACUUUAAAAGGGAAGCUUCAGUGGAUUCAUUUGGUUAGAUUCUUUUCCUAGGUUAAAAACAUCGGGGAACUUAAAUUCAUAGGAAAGGAGUUCACAAAUAAAAUUUAGUUUUUUUAGAAAGAGAAUAUUUUAAUAACUGUAGUAUACUACAAGAAACAUCUCAUGGCUUUAAGAUUAAUGAUAGCGAUAAGGCCCACUCAAGCAUCUCACAGUGGUGAUAUUACAUGUCACUUAGCAGGAUGCAACCUGGCCUAGGGAUUUCCAGAAGACAAGGCCACCUCAGCACAGAUGCAACUUUCAUAAAUUUUAUAACAAAGCCUAACCUUACUAGAUUAAACUUGCUCUAUGAAAGAAACACUUGGUAAUUGACCCAGACUGAAUACAUGUAUAAGAAAUGGGAAAGAUCUCCCAAACUCUGAGAACGGUCCUCAAAUAGAAGCUCUCCUAGUCAGUUGGUCAUCUGACCUCUGACUAUAUCCGGCCCAUGACACCAGCCAGCUCCUGCUUUCUGUCUUGUAAGAGCACUGCUGGAAUAAACUACUUGAGCAUUAGAUGGUGUCUAAGACUCAUCUUUGAUGACAGGGAUAAAUCACCCUUGUGAAGCUGGCUAGCUGGGACCACCCAAAAUCUCAGAACACAACUAGCAGUGAGGAUGAAAUUUGAGUAAGCCAAUGAGU